AUGGUGGCAUUCUCGGGGGAUUACAAGCGAAUCAGUGAGGCUGCCAUCCGAUUCGUUGAGGAGUACAGCGACGAGGCGCUGCGAAUUCUCUCCGAAAAGGAGAUCAUAUCAACACAAAGUAGCGGCCUGAAUCGAGUAUUAAAUGGAGGCAUCGCCACCCAGGAGGUGACGGAAAUAUUGGGGGAGAAUCACAUGCACAACGGGGAGCUCAUCAUCCACAUAUUGGUGCACCAGCUGUAUGUCGACAAGAACGCGGAGGCCGUGAUGAUUACGUCGAACGGGGUUCAGAACGAUGACACGAUAUAUCGCGUGGCACAUCGCCAUGUCGCAACCCGCCUCUCAUCUGACGACGUUGACGAAAUGGCAUUCGACAUCAUGAAGCGUAUUUUUAUCGUACAGUGCCUCGACAUCAGGGAGCUCAUGGCAGCCUUGGAGGACGUGUCGAACGGAAAAUACAAAAAGGCAGAACAAGCUGAUGAAUCACACCAAUAUAUGGGUUAUGUGUCAUCUGGAAAUGCAAGUGCACCUUACAUUGAUGGACUUUGCCAGGAUCGGGACACCUUUCACCCGGGCACGCAACCUAGCGCAAAUCGCUGGGUGUCGCCUGGACGCCGUGCUUUCCGUGCUUCUGGAAAGAAUUCUGCUACCCUGAAGACCAUCGCAAUACACAUUCUGACGUCGAUAUUGGAAGACUCGCAGCAACGUGACGCAUGGAAGUUCCUGCCGUCGUUGUGCAGGAAAAUUCGCAGCACUGCACGACAGAUGAACGUCGGCAUUAUCGUAUCCAACAUUCAAGACGAGGGGACUAUGGGGCCCAACAAUCCCGAUGAUGUGCCACGUCAGACGACCAAGCCACGUGACUUCACGCCAGAGGACGAGGAGCCCGACCGACAGAAGGCUAAGCGCGGCUGGUACAUGUCGUCAGCCAGGUGGAAUUCCACGGUGGAUAAAAGGAUUGAAGUUAUGGUCCACAAAUACGACCGGGACUCGGCCCGCUCUCGCUUCGCAGUCCACCUUACCAGGAGCAGGCUGUGCGCUACCGGCGCAUCGUGCGAACUGGAACUAUCACAGCACGGUAUGCGCAGUCAAAUCAUUAACGCAAAAUGUUGCCGCAGGUAUCAGUGA